UCCUGGAAGCUGUUUACAGCAGAGGAAGGAGGCCGAGGGGGCAGGGGGCCAGCCUGGACAUCUCCGCUCCCUACAAGGAGAGAGAAAGUGGCACUUGGACGCUGAGCCAGGGCCAUGGCAGUCGUUUUUGCUCUUGCUUCCAACCCCGUCUCACUGGAAACAGGCUAACCAGCCGGCUACUCCACAGACCACGCUGCACGGUGGUUUGAAUAAGGGUCCUCAUGCUAGGAUUCCCUUUCCUGGCCACCCCACCCAGGACCUGGGCCAACACCUCCUGUCCAGCAGUUGGCAUUUGGAAGGGAAAGUCCAGAGGAUUUAAUUACAGGAGUUCUUAGAGGCUCCCGUCUGAACCUCUUUGCAUCCAGUGCUGUACAACCUCAUCGUAGGAGACCGUCCCCACCCCAAAGAGCUGUCAGAAGAAAGAUCCCUGUCACCAUUUGGGGAAACUGAGGCAUGGAGUGCCUAAGGGAUUUAAGCUUAGUGAUGUCUGCACCACACUCCCUUAGGCUCUGGUAGACAUCCCAGCCUAAGUGAGGUGCCCAAGGUCACACAGGAAGAGCUCACACCAACUGCUGCAGCUUCCUUAGCCUGACGAAGGGUUUUUGAACCCAAAAGCUUGCUCAAUAACUAUUCUCCAACCAUUUGGGUUGGUCUAAUAAAAGAUAUCAAAUUCACCCAAGGAACCUUGUCUGCCAAGGUCACACAGGAAAUCUGUGGCAGAGCCAAGAGCUAAGCCCAAGUCUCCUGAGCUCAGUGCCUCCGCCAUUUCUCAGACCCUGCGAGUGCUACAGGAAAGAACCCAGCAACCAACAGGACUCGAUGUCGGACUCGAUGAUCUAUUGAGGUCCCUUCCGACCCUAGCAUCUAUGAAUCGGAGCACCUCAUCUCCACCAGCAUGGGACAUGGGAGAGAAGUGGGGGGAACAGAGCUGUGUUCCCCCCUGGCUGGCUGAAAUUUGCCCCUGAAACCUUUGCGGGAGUUUGAAUCCAGAUCCAGCUGCAGAGCCAGACACAGGCACGGGCAAACCAGCUGGCUGCCCGGGGCCCAGACAGAAAGGCGUCCCAAAAAUGGUUUUCCAUGGAUCUUGUCAACCCCGUGUCUGGACACCUCACACAAUCGGUUUUUGUCUUCACAAUUGCCUCCUACUCCCUAUGUGACCUUGAACAGCAUAUCCUCAAGGGUAUUUGAGCUCCUAACACCCACUGACUUCAGACAACAGCAAUGCAAGUUCAACACCAAAGCAACCUCCGGGUCAGCUGAUGGCUGUUACAUGAAAUAAGUCUUAAUAGGUUCCAGCUCAGGUCCUGGCAGACAAGUAUUCAUAUCACCCCACAUCCUGGUGCAAGUAUGCUCAUAGAUGAUACCAACAUGCCUCACUUCAGCAUCUGCAGGUCCAGGAGUGAGGGAGCAUGGAGAGCCAACACCCUGCUCCAAGGCAAGAGAGAAGUGUACUGGGGCAGCAUGGAAGCUGUGCCUCUCAUUAUCCAUGUUGCCAGUAACUUGUCUCUUAAUGGAGGGUGAAUCUACCAUUGUUUAAAAAUAAAGCAGGCCCCUAUACACGCACAUACUAAAGUGCCUCCAUUUCCCAAGACGCAUGGAGGGCCUUUGUGACAAUGAAUAGAGACUUCCUUUCUGGCUAACUCGCCUGUGGAAAACAGGCCAUAGGGAAGCCACGUGCUAUAAUUUCUGCCCCGUUCCCAUGUCCCAGAGUAAAAUCCCUUCCCUGGAAUUGAAACAAGCCUUGGUGGAAAGGAAGAGGAAAAGGGUGGGGGUGACAGGACAGGAAACUGCUGAUGUUGAGCUACAGAAACAAUGCGAGGCCAUAAAUCAGCCUGGGUCAAGACAGGAGUUCAGGGUUUUCCAUACCUGGAGAUUGAGCACGUAGUUUCAAGGGGAAAGAGGCUGUUUUUUUUCCAAGGAACUAAAAAAGGCAAGAGGAAAGAACCAGUAUCAAGUGUCCAGGCAUGCGUUCUCCUGGGGCCAGCCCCAGCCCUGCUCCCCCCAACCUCAGUUUCCCCCAGGCCGCCCCCGCCCGGCAGUGAACGCCCCGCCGCCAUGCUGCACACCGAAGGCAAUGCCCUGCUGAAGGCCGUGGGGCAGGGCAAGUUCCGCCUCACCCGCCUCUUGCUGGAGGGGGGAGCCUACAUCAACGAAGGCAAUGCCCAGGGAGAAACGCCCCUGAUUGCUGCCUGCCUGGCCUGCUACGACGACCCCCACAACAAGCCCCGCAUGGUGAGGUACCUGCUGGAGAAUGGGGCCGACCCCAACAUCCCCGACAAGACGGGCAAGACGGCUUUGAUGCACGCCUGCGCCGACCAAGCCGGCUCGUCGGUGGCAUCGGUGCUGCUGGAGCACGGGGCAGAUCCUAGCGCCAAGGACUACUCGGGCGCCUCCGCCCUGGUGUACGCCAUCAACCGGGGCGACCGGGAGACCCUGCAGGUGUUGCUGGAUGCCUGCAAGGCCAAGGGCAAGGAGGUGAUCAUCAUCACCACCGACACGUCCCCCUCCGGCACCAAGAAGACCAAGCAGUAUCUAAAUUCGCCCCCAUCCCCAGGGCUGGAGGAGAAGCCGUCGCCCUCCCUGUGCAUGUCGCCCUCGGACAUCGAGGUCCGCACGUCCCAGUCCCCCGGGGCCAGUGAGAAAGAGGAGGAGAGAGACGUCUUCAAUUUCACCAUGGCCACACGGCUGAGCUGCCCCCCAUCGCUGCCGGGAUCAGACGGGUCCUCUGAGCAAGUGCUGGUGCCCCCGCCACCUCCCAAGGGCCGGGCCAAGCAGCUGAAGAGGCUCAAUUCGGAGCCAUGGGGGCUGGUGGCGCCCUCCGUCCUGGCCGCCCCCCACGCCGAGAAGGCACGGACGCCAGAGGAGAGGUUGACGGCCGAGAUGAAUGGUCUGAGCCUCACCAAGAGGGCCCUGCUGUCGCGGCGGCACAGCAUCGAGGGUCCCGAGGCGCCUUGGGCUGAGAAGGUCCAUUUCGGCCACCUCCACCAGCCCCUGUCGCGGCGUAACACGGCCCCUGAGGCCCAGGAGAGUGGGGGGCCGCCAGGGCACGGUCUGCGGGGCACGGCCCACCACAAGCUGACGCGGCGGGAGCAUUAUGAGUCCGACUCGCACCUCUGCCCCGAUUCCAUCCCCGGCUCGCCCGAUUCAGGCCGGGUCUCGCUGGAGAGGAGGAGGUACAACGCCUCGCCCCUCACGCUGCCCACCAGCUCCUCCCGGGAGUCCCUGGAGAGCAUCCCCAGCGCCGUGUCCCCGCUCUCGGGCCGGCGCCGCUCCCCAGGGCUGCUGGAGAGACGGGGCUCCGCGACCAUGCUCCUGGACCACAUCGCCCACACGCGGCCCGGUUUCUUGCCCCCACUGAACGUCAACCCACACCCGCCCAUGGCAGGCCCCCCUCGCCCGGGCACCGGGGGCUCGUGCCCGUGGCCCCCACCUCUCCCAAGAGCAAGAAGAAGCUGA